GCAUUUCAAUCUACUUUUGAUAAAACGAGACAAUUACAUGUUAGGGAGUAAUGAUCAAAGUUCAUUUCUGCAGGGAGCAUUGUAAUAAUAUACAGGCAUUAGUAUUCUGACACGGAUCCGGGCACGGCUCCUGACCCCAUUGACUCUCCCGUUGGUUGUCUCCUUCCUAAUGAGCUCCAGUGCUGUAUACGUCGUACUACAUGAUAGCUAUUGCGCGGUAUAUAGUUCAAUUUCAGACAGGGUCGGGUUGUAACUCUCAACGAUAACGAUGUCGAACUCCGAAGAAGCACUCAAAUACUUUGCCACCUACGCAGGGAUGGUCUCCGUCAAGAUGGUGAUGCUUGGACCACUGACUGCAUUUUAUCGGAUGAGAGACUCGGCUUUUGCGAACGAGGAGGAUUUCGUUCUCACCGGUUUGAAAGGUCGACGUCCAGUUUUCGAUCACCCCAUGAUAGAGCGUAUACGAAGAUGCAGUCUGAAUGACCUUGAGAAUAUCGUACCCUUCGUCAUCAUCGGGGGACUCUUCGCCGUCUACUCUGGCUCUUCUCUCAGCACGAUCCUCUGGCAUUACCGUAUCUUUGUCGCUUCCAGGUUCUUACACAGCAUAUCAUAUCUGAUACCCCUGCCCCAGCCGUCCAGGGCUCUGUGUUACUUUGUUGGAAUUGGCACCAACCUGUCCAUGGCCAUCCGACUUCUGAUGAACGCCUGGCUUCUUUAAGAUGGAACAGUAUACAAAUAAUACACAACAGUGAGGGCAUUUGUAAGAAUUACCCACACGAGGUGCCUUUUAAAAAGUCUAACACGCCCAAGGCGAUAGCCGAGGGCGUUUGGAUUGUUUUCAUGGUACCAAGUGUGGGUAAUUUUCCUAAUGCCCAAACAAAAAUGAUGUGUAUUGCUUAUA